UAGUGUGCCUAAUUUUAUGAACAUGAGGGUAAAAUGCUGAUUUUUCCUCUUUUUUCAGCUUGGUUGUGCUCGUUUUGUUUCUAUGUGUAGAAAAGUACAAAGUUUUUGAGAGAGCUCUGCUAUGAGACUCCAUUUUACACUGGACACACCACAAAGAGGGAGACAGGGUGAGUAUUUGUAUUAGUAUUUUUCUUACUACUUGCUUAGUCUCUGAUAUUGUGUGUGAGAAAAAACACCUUCUUGAUAAAAAACAUAAGUUUCUUGGACUCAAAUGUGACGUCUUCUCCUGUUUUCUGAGCAGUCGCAGCUACUGAACAUGAGACAUUCCAGCAGUCAAAACGAGAGCUGCACAGUCUGACUCAUUUGUUAGAACAGUCAAAGUUUACCAUAAGAUAAGCAGAAAAUACACAUAGUUUUAAUAAAACUAACGUAAAAUAAACGUCAUUAUACUGUGAAUGUGUGUGUUUUUAAUGUUCUCUCUCUCACUUGGGAAGAUGAAUGAUUUAGAAGAAGAGGUGAAGAGUGACUGGAAUAAAGAUGAUCCUCCAUUCUUCAGUCAUGAACCUGGACCCUCAGACACAAAACUGAGAUCAAAGUCUCCAGUCUCCAGCUGUCCCUCUAUGAAGAGUGACUGGAGUAAAGAAUAUCCUCAAGCUGGUGGUCUGCAGGAAGUUUUAGAUGAACAUAAGAUCAGUCUGAAGAGGAGAUGUGAACAUGUGACUGAAGGAAGUGAUGGAACAGGAAGUGAAACCCUCCUCAACAGGAUCUACACUGAGCUCGACAUCACAGAGGGACAGAGUGAAGAGGUUAAUACCCAACAUGAGGUGAGGCAGCUGGAGACAGCUUCCAAGAAGAAGACCGUCCACGACGCUCCAAUCAGGUGCCAGGACAUCUUUAAAGCCUUACCUGACCAACAGAGACAAGGCAACUCUGAAAAACAGGGACACGACAACUCGGAAGACUCACCUGAACAACCGAGACACGUUGACAUCUUUGAACAGAGACACGGCAUCUAUAAAGGCUUAACUGACAUCAUAGAGGGACAGCAUGACACUACAAUCAAGUGCCAGGAAACCUUUAAAUCCUCACCUUUCCAACAGGCACACGACAUCUCGGAAGCCUUACCUGAACAACAGGGACACAUCAGAGUGGUUCUGACGAACGGCAUCGCUGGCGUUGGAAAAACCAUCUUGGUGCAGAAGUUCAGUCUGGACUGGGCAGAGGGUUUGGAGAACCAGGAUGUCAGUGUGGUGGUUCUGCUUUCGUUCAGGGAGCUGAACUUGAUCAGAGAUGAGCAGUACAGUCUUCUGGAGCUGCUCCAUGUUUUCCAUCCAACAUUACAGAAGGUCACAGCAGAGAAGCUCGCCGUCUGUAAACUUCUGUUCAUCUUUGACGGCCUGGAUGAAAGCAGACUUUCACUGGAUUUCACCAACAAGGAGGUUGUGUCUGAUGUCACACAGAAGUCAUCAGUCAAUGUGCUGCUGACAAACCUCAUCGAGGGGAAUCUGCUUCCCUCUGCUCUCGUCUGGAUAACUUCCAGACCUGCAGCAGCCAAUCAGAUCCCUCUUGCAUGUGUCGACAGGGUGACAGAAGUACGAGGCUUCACUGACGCCCAGAAGGAGGAGUACUUCAGGAGGAGGGUCAGUGAUGAAGAGCGCUCCAGCAGAAUCAUCUCACACAUCCAGACAUCCAGGAGCCUCCACAUCAUGUGUCGGAUCCCAGUCUUCUGCUGGAUCACUGCUACAGUUCUGGACCACAUGUUGACUACACAGCAGAGAGGAGAGCUGCCCAAGACCCUGACUGACCUGUACUCACACUUCCUGCUGGUUCAGACCAAGAAGAAGAAGCAGAAGUAUGCUGAGGGACAUGAGACGAGUCCACAGGAGCUGAUGGAGGCUGACAGAGAAGUUCUUCUGAAGCUGGGGAGGCUGGCGUUUGAACAGCUGCAGGAAGGAAACAUCAUGUUCUACCAAGAAGACCUGGAGCGCUGUGGUCUCGAUGUCACAGAGGCCUCGGUGUACUCAGGAGUUUGUACAGAGAUCUUCAAAAGAGAGAGUGUGAUGUUCCAGAAAACAGUCUACUGCUUCGUUCAUCUGAGCAUUCAGGAAUUUCUGGCUGCAGUCUACCUGUUCCACUGUUACACCACCAGGAACACAGAGGUACUGAGGGCUUUCUUUGGGAACGACUGGGACAAUGACAGCUGUGAUGACAAAGGUCCCUCAUACCUGAAGAAGAUCAAAAGGAGAGUCCUGGGGAAAGGCCCAUCCCUGGAUGACUUCUUGACGAGAGCCAUGGAGAAAUCCCUAGAAAGUAAAAAUGGCCACCUGGACCUGUUUGUCCGCUUCCUCCACGGCCUCUCUCUGGAGUCCAACCAGAGACUGGUAGGAGGCCUGCUGGGUCAGACAGACAACAGUCCAGAAAUCAUCCAGAGAGCCAUUAAUAACCUGAAGAAGAUGAACACUGAUGAGAUCUCUCCUGACAGAAGCAUCAACAUCUUCCACUGUCUGACGGAGGUGAACGACCUCUCAGUACAUCAGGAGAUCCAAGAGUCCCUGAAGUCAGAGAACAGAUCAGAGAAGAAACUCUCUGAGAUCCACUGCUCAGCUCUGGCUGACAUGCUGCAGAUGUCAGAGGACGUUCUGGAUGAGUUUGACCUGGAGAAGUACAACACAUCUUUCCAGGGGCGACUGAGACUGAUUCCAGCUGUGAGGAACUGCAGAAAGGCUCGGCUUUCUGGCUGUGGACUCUCAACGACUCACUGUGAAGUUGUGGCCUCAGCUCUGAAGUCCAACCCCUCCCAUCUGAGAGAGCUGGACCUCAGUCUCAACAACCUGGAGGAUUCAGGAGUGAAGCAACAGUGUGAUGGACUUCAGAAUCCCAACUGUAAACUGGAGACUCUGAGAUUGUGGGGCUGCAGUUUGUCAGAGAUCAGCUGUGCUUCUCUGGUCUCAGCUCUGAAGUCCAACCCCUCCCAUCUUAGAGAGCUGGAGCUGAGUUUCAACGAGCUGCAGGAUUCAGGAGUGAAGCUGCUGUGUGAAUUUCUGGAGAGUCCACACUGCAGACUGGAGACUCUAAGAUUGAGGGGGUGCAGUUUGUCAGAGAUCAGCUGUGCUUCUCUGGCCUCAGCUCUGAAGUCGAACCCCUCCCAUCUGAGAGAGCUGGACCUGGGUGACAACAAUCUGCAGGAUUCAGGAGUGAAGCAGCUGUGUGAUUUUCUGGAGAGUCCACACUGCAGACUGGAGACAAUGAGAUUGUUGAACUGCAGUUUGUCAGAGAUCAGCUGUGUUUCUCUGGCCUCAGCUCUGAAGUCCAACCCCUCCUGUCUGAGAAAGUUGCAGCUGAGUUACAACGAGCUGCAGGAUUCAGGAGUGAAGCUGCUGUGUGAUUUCCUGGAGAGUCCACACUGCAGACUGGAGACUCUGAGAUUGUGGCGCUGCAGUUUGUCAGAGGUCAGCUGUGCUUCUCUGGCCUCAGUUCUGAAGUCCAACCCCUCCCAUCUGAGAGAGCUGCAGCUGAGAGACAAAGAGCUGCAGGAUUCAGGAGUGAAGUUGCUCUCUGAUUAUGUGAAGGAUCCAAACUGCAGACUGGAGACUCUGAGGAUCAAUGACAUGCUGAUCAGAGCUGAGAAACCAAAACAAAAUGACUUUGAUGACAAACUGGAUGUGAAAACAAACCUGCCUGAGCAUGACAUAAAGGCUCCAUCAUCCUUCUCACCUGAACUCACAUCUGGAGCUUCAUACAGGUUCAUGUGUCCUGGUCCAGGUGUGUUCCAGUGUGAUUUGACUGGACUGGUGUUUGUUAUGGCUAAGGAGGCGGAGCUGCUCUACAGGACUGUCCAAUGGGAUCAGAGCCUCCUCCAAUCAGCUGGCAAGCAGGCUGCAGGGCUGCUGUUCGAUAUCAAGAGUUCUGAGGACUCUGCUGUCAUUCAGCUUCACCUCCCACACUGUGAAACAAAGGAAGCGUUGCUCUUUGACGGCCUGCUGUCUGUCGUCCACAUCACUGAUGAUGGAAUGAGCAUCUUGGAGCCGCUGGAGAUCACAGACACUCAUGUGGUUGUGAAGGUCCCUCACCUCUCUGUCUUCGGCCUGAUCUGGGAUAUCGUCAAAAGGUUUCUGAACAUCUCACUGCCAAUAAAGGGCCAAGUUCUGCUGUUCCUCCGACCUCCAUAUGAGGAGGAUCGAAUACUCGACGUAUUACUGCUGCAGGAAAACAUCCCUGUGCAAGAGGUUGCCGUCCAACAAGAAGGUGCAAAUAUCAUCAGGAUCUCCUCCAAGUGUCAUCUGAGCUUUGGUCAAAGUUACAGUGUCCACUGUGAACCUGAGGGCUUCCAUAUACAGCCGCAGUUUGCACCAUUUGAGUCGAGUUGUGGACCAAACUUCCAUCCAACAUUUGAAGUUUUUCUGACUACAAACACAAAGAAAGUGACUCUGAUGGUCCAGGACCAAGAGGGGAACGUAGUCUGGGAACGUCGAGUGUCCCUGACAGGUCCAAUAGGGGAAGUUAGACAGACAAAUGUCCCAUCAGAGGACAGAGUCCCAGCAGAGGACAGAGUUCCAGCUGACGAGAAGCUGUUCUCAGUUCGGAUAGAGUUCAUUCACAGAGUGACUGAACCUGUUCUGAAGCAGCUUCUGGAUAAACUUCUUGAGCGUCACGUGAUAACUGAUGGUGAAAUGCAGUCAAUCAGACAAACAAACAUAACAAACACAGACAAAGCACGAGACGUGAUCGACACGGUGCGAAGAAAGGGAGCUGAAGCCAGUUCAGUUCUGAUCGCUGCUCUCCGUGAGGUGGAUCCACGUCUUUCCAGAGUGCUGAAGUUGAGCUGAAGCAGAAGAGAAGAAACUGUGGUGAUGAAUCUCUGGUACAGCUGAGUGUUUCCAGAGCUUGUCAUAUUCAAAUGAGAAGUUUUUUGAAAGCGAUCAAACUUGGACGACAUUGGAUGACUGUUGAGCAGCAACACAAUUCUCUUCAUCGACCGUGUCUUCAACCAUGUACUAAAACAGAGAAAUGUUCUGCUGUUAUUCACACAAAGAAGCCUUUUUAUAUGACUGUGGCUGGUCAAGUGGAGUUUAAAGCCAAUGAAAAGACAGAACCAGACAGUUUAUGAUCCUUUGGUUCUUGAUAAAUGUAAAAGCCUCAAGUAAGUAGCUACUGAUCCUUCUCUAAAGACCACUCCGAGAACGAUCCCCUUUGUGUUUUAAAGAUUUUCUGCACAUUUUAAAGUUUUUUGUCUAAAUGUCAGAUGAUUAUACAUAGUAUCUUUGUCAACACACAAUGUCAAAAAGCCAGUGGAAUCAAAAGAAGAUAAAGAAUUUAGACCUUUUCAGGGUCUUUGUGUUAAACAACUCGGGUGGAUUCUUACUAAUCAUGUUUUCAUUGACUUUAAACAUUUUUAUAUUUUUAUUUGCUUUCAAACUGAACACAGUUAAAGUUCCCACUCAGGAAGCUGUAUGGCACAUCAAGCAGGUCCAGUCAGACCAGUUCUUGUGUUUGAAGUUCCUGGCUGUUUUAGCUCAUGCUCCAACAAUGGUUGUCAAUCUUCUACUGGGUUCAAACCAGUUGGGUCUGUAAUAUCUUCCUCAUAACCUUUUCAGUUUGUAAACUCAACAUUCCCUCCAUGAGUGUAAUGUGAUUGUGACCCCAUGUACAUUAAUGUGCAGCUGUAACAUUAUUAAGAGCUCUCCUCGAGAGACAGGGGCUCAACUGAGAGCUGAAACAGGUAUUUAGUCUGGAUUCACACACUUUAAAGACGAUGUGUUGAUAAUCUCAGAUGAAGGAGAAGAGGAGGGGAAGAAGGGAGAAAUGAGUCAGAGUUGUUCUUGGUUUCAGCCACUAGAUGGAGGCACUUCACUGAUGGACAGAGAAGAUGAAGCUGAGGCAGCUGGCAGAUGUAACAAUCAGAAAAAACAGCUGAGAAAGAUGAAAUAGCAGCCUUUUUUUGUGUUAAUAAUAAUUUUUCUCAUAUUUUUAGUUUGUCCGAUCAAAACAAAGUGCUACAUGACAUAUUUUGUCUGUGUUUGUUACUCUACUAAGAAAUUGUUCUGUUUAUUCUGACACCAAAGUUUGUUUUGGAUUAUCCUCAUUUAAAGAAACAAAACAAUUAUUUUCUGCCUGUAAAAAAGUUCCUAUGGUGAUUAUCAAUGCUUCCUUUUGUUCCUCUGGGGAAUUGUUUUGGCGUUGCACCACCUAGCGUCCAAGAGCUGUGUGUGCUCAAAGUGGGUGAGUCAUGAAAUGAAGCUCUCUCCUUCUUUCUAUGUAUCUUUACUUUUUUCCGUUCAAAACCACAAAACGCUGAUAAAUACUUUUAUGUAACAAGCUUAUGAACCUGUUGGUCAAGCCUCCAUUUAACUUACAAUUUAUAAAUUGAACUUUAACUCGAGUUAUGUAUUUAGAGUUAGAUAACUCAACCUUAUGCUGGUUGAAUCGUUUUGUUUUUUUGUUUGUUUCUCUCUCUUUUAUGCUGAUUUGAAAUUGCAUUAACUCAUGUGUCAUGUGUAGGUUUAUGUGAAUUUUAAUGUUAUUUUUCUUGUAGAGGGUGGAGAGUGGCUGUGUGGCUCCUGUGUGUAACGCCAGUUGUUUAAUUUAGUUCAUGUUCUUAAUAUUUUCGCACUAUAAAAAAUGUGAUAUGUGGGUGAAAUGAUUUAUUUUUUUAGACUGUGAGAGAUGUGUGUAAGAGAGUUUAUGCAUUGUCAUAUUAUUUAUAGUAUAUUAUAGGUUGUAGCAUUGAUUGUGAAUGGUGAAAGAGCUGUGUGCUCAAAGUGGAGGUGGAGAGUGGCUGUGUGGCUCCUGUGUGUAACGCCUGUGUUUUUCCGUUUUUCCUGUGAAGAAUAAACCCCACAGAUACUCAA